GCCUUAUUUCCAUGGUAGGAGUACAAAGGAGUACAGUGCUUCUUGGUAAGGUCUACUGUAUGCGGAGACAAAAACAGUCAUUCUAGGAUGAGUUUCUCCCCGCACUCGAACCAACUCCGCUCCGACUUCAUCGGCGAUAUUUUCCGCCUUAUUAUCGCGUUCCAGUCUCACAGUAUAAUAGUUAUCUUUUCACUUGGUUGACUUUAAUCCCUUCCGUUCAAAUCGUCCGAACCUUUUACGCUUGAGCUCAGCGCAGGCGCUGAGCAAGUAGUCUUUUGAAAGAACAGACAAAAAGUCAACCUUCCCCCGCAAUGCUCAUCAUCGGACUGACGGGUUCUAUCGCCACGGGCAAAUCGACAGCCUCCUCUCUACUGGCCUCGCCGCCCUACUCACUCCCAAUCAUCGAUGCGGAUCUCAUCGCGCGCCGUGUUGUCGAACCUGGCACCCCAGGGUACAACGCGAUUGUCAACUACUUUGGACCCACGACGCCGGACCUGCUGCUCCCCGCAGAAGAAGAAGAUACCUCCAAGGACGGAAAUGGCAAGUCGGGACGGCAAAAGCAACAGCAACCGCUGAACAGACCUGCACUGGGCCGGCGGGUGUUUGGCGACAGCGAGGAGCGGCGACGCGACCGGAUGAUCCUGAACAAGAUCGUGCACCCGGCGGUGCGAUGGGAGAUCUACAAAGCCCUCGCACGCGAAUAUCUGCGGGGCUCGUGGGCGGUGGUGCUGGAUGUGCCGCUCCUGUUCGAGAGCGGGAUGGAUCUCAUCUGCGGGUCGGUCGUGGUGGUGGGCGUGAGGGAUCCGGCUGUGCAGAUGCAGCGCCUGCGCGCGCGCGAUCCGCACCUCAGCGCCGAGGACGCGGAGAAUCGGGUCCGCAGCCAGGGAGACGUCAGGGGGAAAGUCGCCCGGGCCGAGUAUCGCGGUGGUGCCGUCAGCAGCGCGAGGGGCCUCGCCGUGUGGAACGAUGGCGACAAGGCCGAUCUCGAGGCAGAGCUCGCCAAGGCCAUGACCCUCAUCCGGGCGAGCAGUCCGCGCUGGUGGUCGUGGCUGCUGCUCCUGGCGCCGCCGUUGGGGGUGGUCGUUGCAACUUGGAACGUGGCCUGCAAUUUCAUGAACCGGAAGAGCUGGGACAAGAUGAAGAGGGAAGAGAAGGCGAAGCUGUGACCAUUUUAUACAGACCAUCUGGUGGUUAAUACGGAAAUCAUAUUUGUACAUCUUUACAGGACGAAUUUAAUUAAUGCAUCUUAUCUGGGCCUGUCUUCUCACUGAAGAUCUCCCAUCUUGUCAU